AUGAGGGGUUUAGUGAUGUUAAUAACUGCAACAUUGCUGUCAAAUGUGUUUUCUAAGACAGAUACAGUGAACAUUGGAGCCACUUUGAGCUUGAAAUCCCCGAGUGGGGAGGUCUCAGUCAUUGCCAUGAGGGCUGCUGUGGAUGAUAUCAACUCUGAUCCCAAUAUUUUGCCGGGAAAAAGAUUGAAUCUUUCGGUUCAUGAUGCAAAUUUCAGUGGCUUCCUCAGUAUUAUUGAUGUAUUGAAGUUCAUGGAGAUUAAUAUGGUGGCUGUCAUUGGUCCAUUUAGUUCUAGAAUAGCUCAUGUGCUUUCAAAUUUGGCAAAUGAAGUCCAUGUCCCGUUUUUAUCAUUCUUCGCAUUAGACCCCACACUUUCACCUCUUCAGUACCCGUAUUUCAUCCAAACGGCCCCUAAUGAUCUUUAUCUAAUGACUGCGAUUGCUGAAAUGAUAAGUUAUUUCGGUUAUCGAGAAGUAACUGCCAUAUAUACAGACGGUGACCAGUUUAGAAACAGCAUGUACAUAUUAAGUAGUAAACUAUGGGAGAAACGUUGUAAGCUUUCUAACAAAACAGCAGUGCCAGACUUCUCAUCUCCACAAGAUGUUCACAAUGUGCUAGUCAACGUUCGGUCAAUGGAAUCUCCUGUUGUUGUUGUGCAUACUUACCCUAAAGAAGGUCUAUUGGUUUUAAAAGCUGCUAAGAGGCUUGGCAUGAUAAAAAAAGGGUAUGUUUGGAUUGUAACCACUUGGUUAACAAAUGUUUUGGAUACUACUGGUUUUUCUACUAUAAGUGCAUCAGAUUUACAAGGGGUUCUCACGCUUCGGCCUCACAUACCAGAUUCGGAUAAAAGACAAGAUUUUGAAAGAAGGUGGAAGAUUUUGAGUAACGGGUCGAUUGGGUUUAAUACGUAUUGUUUAUAUGCUUAUGAUACAGUUUGGAUGAUUGCACACGCCCUUGACAAGUUUUUUAAUGAAGGUAGCAAAAUUUCUUUCUCUGAUUAUACUCGUGUGAAGGGAACAAAAGGUUUGAAUCUUGCAGCACUUGGCAUAUUUGAUGGAGGAAAACGGUUGCUUACCAACUUAGUGAAAACAAAUAUGACCGGUCUCACUGGCCCGCUUCGGUUCAAUCCUGACCGGUCUGUGAUCCACCCUUCUUUUGAUAUAAUUAAUAUGGUUGGGGGCCAGAGUUGGCUUCUUGGAUACUGGUCGAACCACUCUGGGCUAUCGGUUCAGCCUCCAGAGACUCUUUAUGCAAAACCAUCGAACCGUUCUUCUUCUAAUCAACAUUUAAGAAGUGUGGUAUGGCCUGGGAACACAACAGAAAAGCCCCGUGGAUGGGAAUUUUUAAAUAAUGGGAAACCGUUAAGGAUUGGCAUUCCAGUCAGUGCUAGUUUUAAAGAAGUUGAUAUACAUGUCAACGGUUCAAAUGAAAUUCAUGGCUUUAGCAUAGAUGUUUUUCUUGCUGCACUAAAGUUGAUUCCAUAUCCAGUUCCUUAUGAGUUUGUCAAAUUUGGGGAUGGUCACACCAACCCGAGCUACACCGAGCUUGUAAAUAAAGUUGCACACAACGUGUUUGAUGUUGCUGUUGGUGAUAUUUCAAUCAUCACUAACCGUACAAAGGUUGUUGACUUCACACAGCCAUAUAUAGAAUCGGGUUUAGUUGUAGUGGUUCCUAUAAAGAAACUAUACUCGAGUGCUUGGGUUUUCUUGCGUCCGUUUACUCCACAACUGUGGAUCAUCACCACGGUUUUCUUUGUCAUAGUUGGAAUUGUUGUGUGGAUACUGGAACACGGGUGGAACGACAAAUUUAGGGGCCCACCAAAGCAACAGUUAGUCACCAUCCUCUGGUUUACCUCAUCAACUUUAUUUUUCGCACAUAAUGAAAGCAUUGUGAGCAGCCUUGGUCGACUGGUUCUAAGCAUUUGGCUUUUUGUAGUUCUGAUCGUCACCUCAAGUUACACCGCUAGCCUUUCAUCCAUUUUAACUGUUCAACAACUUUCAUCUCCAAUCCAAGGAAUUGAUUCACUGAUCUUGACCAAUGAACGAAUCGGGUUUCAAGUAGGAUCAUUUGCUGAAAAUUAUAUGAUGGAAGAACUCAACAUUCCAAGAUCAAGACUUAUGGCUCUUGGUUCCCCACAAGAGUAUGCUGAGAAACUCAGGGCAGGAAUAGUUGCAGCUAUUGUGGAUGAAAGGCCCUACAUCGAUCUUUUCCUUGCUGAUAACUGUGGGUUUCAAGUUGUUGGUGAAGAGUUCACUAAAAGCAGUUGGGGAUUUGCGUUUCCAAGGGACUCCCAGUUAGCUAUUGACAUGUCAACUGCCAUACUAAAAUUAUCUGACAAUGGUGAGCUUCAAAAGAUUCACGACUAUUGGCUUGAGAGAAAAACUUGCAACCCACAAAAUUUGGACUCGGAACAAAUUCAACUAAAAAGUUUUUGUGGACCGUUUCUCAUCUUUGGAGUUGUUUGUGCUUUGGCCCUCCUUACAUACUUUUGCAUGAUCUUUCAUAACUUCAGAAAGCACUAUUCGGACCUCCAGGACCGGUCUUUAAAAAACAGGUCCCAUGCAAUGCGUAGGUUUUUAUCGUUUGUAGAUGAGAAAGAAAUGGCAUCAAAGAACAAGCUAAAGAGAAAGAGGGAGAGGUCCAUAUAUAAGGUCAAACCGAAUUCAAGCCGAGUUAGAUGAAGAGUAAAAUGUGAAUAAGUGAUCGAACCCAAAUGUCUACGGCUGGUAUAUUGUAUAGCCAUAACCUAAACGGAUCAUAGUUGGUGUAAUUUGGUAUAUUGUAUAGCCAUAACAUAAACGAAUCAUAGUUGGUGUAAUUUGGUAACUUGCAUGAUAAUUGUAAUGUAUAUUUAGACAUACAUUCUUAAUCCCACGUAAUUGAUAAA